CACGUUUUAGUUGGCAGUAGGACGAUGCGAGAAAUCGUGCACCUUCAGGCAGGCCAAUGUGGCAACCAGAUCGGAGCCAAGUUCUGGGAAGUCAUCAGCGAUGAGCAUGGCAUUGAUCCCACUGGAGCCUACCAUGGAGACAGUGAUCUGCAGCUGGAAAGGAUCAAUGUGUAUUAUAACGAGGCUACAGGUGGUAAAUAUGUACCCCGAGCAAUUCUUAUGGAUUUGGAGCCUGGUACUAUGGAUUCUGUUCGCUCAGGACCCUUUGGGCAAAUUUUCAGACCAGAUAACUUUGUGUUUGGACAAAGUGGUGCUGGUAACAAUUGGGCCAAAGGACAUUACACUGAUGGAGCUGAAUUAAUUGACUCUGUUCUGGAUGUGGUGAGAAAGGAGGCUGAGGGGUGUGAUUGCCUCCAGGGAUUCCAGCUUACCCAUUCAUUGGGUGGUGGUACUGGUUCUGGCAUGGGUACACUCCUUAUCAGUAAAAUCCGCGAAGAAUAUCCUGACAGAAUCAUGAAUACUUUCAGUGUUGUGCCUUCACCAAAAGUGUCAGACACAGUUGUAGAACCUUAUAAUGCCACCUUGUCUGUCCAUCAGCUUGUGGAGAACACUGAUGAAACAUUCUGUAUUGACAAUGAGGCUCUAUAUGACAUCUGUUUCCAUACCCUUAAACUGACAACGCCAACUUAUGGUGAUUUGAACCACCUGAUGUCAGCCACUAUGAGUGGUGUAACAACCUGUCUGCGCUUUCCUGGUCAGCUCAACGCUGACCUGCGUAAACUAGCAGUGAAUAUGGUGCCUUUCCCCCGACUGCAUUUCUUCAUGACAGGUUUUGCUCCUCUGACCAGCCGUGGCAGCCAGCAGUACCGUGCCCUCUCAGUACCUGAGCUUACCCAACAGAUGUUUGAUGCCAAGAACAUGAUGGCAGCUUGUGACCCUCGGCAUGGCCGCUACCUGACUGUUGCUGCCAUUUUCCGAGGCCGGAUGUCCAUGAAAGAGGUGGAUGAACAAAUGUUGAAUGUCCAGAACAAAAAUAGCACAUAUUUUGUUGAAUGGAUUCCCAAUAAUGUUAAGACAGCUGUUUGUGACAUCCCGCCUAGAGGCCUCAAGAUGUCUGCCACCUUUAUUGGCAACAGUACAGCUAUCCAGGAGCUGUUUAAACGCAUCUCUGAGCAGUUUACUGCUAUGUUCCGGCGGAAAGCCUUCUUGCAUUGGUACACUGGUGAGGGCAUGGAUGAGAUGGAGUUUACUGAGGCUGAGAGUAACAUGAAUGACCUGGUUUCUGAGUACCAGCAAUAUCAGGAUGCUACAGUUGGAGAUGAAGGUGAAUUUGAGGAAGAGGGUGAGGAAGAGGCUGCAUAAAUAAAUAGAGUUGUAUAUUAUGAACUUCUAAACAUGUUUUCUUUGUUACAUUAAGACCUGUUUCUGAAGUUUGUCUAUUUUCC